AUGGGGUGUUUCAUUGAGGGGCCGAGUGCAUCCACACUUCUGAGUCUUGACUUGCAUCUUUCCUUUUCGUUUCCAGAAACAGCCAAUUUUGCUUGGAUUGCUGCUGUGGUGAUUGCAAUUGUAUUCAUCCUCAUUGUCAUCAUUGUCAGCGUCUGGUUAUGCACUCGCAAUCGUGGGGAGACCUACAAACUCUCCAAGAAGGAGUACAAACUCGGCAAUGAUCCUCUCCGUGAACUCAAAGAAAAAGAGACAUUUCAGACCUAUGAAAGGCCGUGA